AUUUUAGGAUCUCAUCUGUGUGAUAUAUUCAAUGCUAUUUUAAACUCGGGGUAUUUUCCUGAUAAGUGGACCGAGGGGGUAAUUGUGCCAAUUCACAAAAAGGGGGAUACUGAAAAUGCUAGUAACUACUGAGGUGUAACACUUGUAAGCUGUUUGUCUAAGCUAUUUACCACUGUAAUAAACAAGCGGAUUAAAUCUUUAUGUAAUGAAAACAAUAUUAUUUCGGACGCUCAGUUCGGAUUUCGGAAAGGGAGAUCAACCGUUGAUGCCGUUUUUAUACUUUUGUCAGUAAUCCAAAAUUACCUGAAUCAUAAUAAACGUCUUUAUGUUAUUUUUGUGGACAUGUUUAAAUGCUUUGACUCAAUUUAUCGAAAUGCCCUUUGGCUGAAAAUGUACAAAUCAGGAAUCCAAGGGAUGGAAACAUGGUUCGAAUCAAGCACUGAUAACAUUACGACGGCUGUGGCUGCAACUGUACUAACUACGCCUUACUAUGCAGAACGGAAUGUUGGCAAACAUUUCAAAAAUGUUCAUAACUUAUGGACCGACAUUCGAACAUUAUGAACGGCUUGAACUAUAUGUUUAUAUUUAUCCAGUUAGUCUGCUUACUGCGUUUAUGAUCAUUGGACUUAUCGGUAACUGCUUCGUGUUGUAUAUAUUCAUUAAACAGUGGGAACGGAAUAAGACAUCCGUGUUUAUCAUUACAUUGGCCGCUCUGGACGUAGUCAACUGUUCUUUAAUUAUUCCGGUUGAAAUCUCCGUGUUUGCGAGGCCCUUUACGUAUGACCAUGACGUGCUCUGCAAGAUCUCGAGAUGCUUGUCAUUCAUUGUCACGGCCAACUAUUCAUUCGUUCUGGUCACUGUGGCAUACGACCGCUACCUCAUGGUAUGUAAGCCACUCAAGAGGAUCACAUAUGGACAGCGUUACGCUAUGAGGGCCUGCAUUGGAGCCACCGUCUUGGCCGUCGUCACACAAUGGCCCGCACUCGUCAUCUACGGAACGAGUACAAUCACACUGCCAGUCCCCAAAAACUCAACAGAGACCGACGACAAUGCUACAGAGAUACAUUACUUUGUACAAGGCAAAACAUGUCACGUGACUAAUUACUACGACGAGGUUGACAAGAUUCCAAAGUUGCUGUUCCUCGGUUUCUUGAUGGGUGGUCACGUUAUCAUCUUCGGUACCCUAAUCGUGAUGUAUAUGGUGAUCGGAAACCGUCUGUUCUUGUCGUCGUUCGUCGACAUCCUUGACAACAGCGGACAUGCAUCUGGGCUUCUUAAGUUAGGCAUCGUGUCGGCAAUUACAGGUACGGCGGCCAAAGGUAAAAUUCCGAGUUGCAGUCACCAAACAGGUACGUUCUCAGCGGAUCCGAGCCAGUCACCAAAGAAGAAGAACACGCUCGCGCGUGCGCAAAGCGCCGAUGAGGCCGAAAAAGCAGACGUCAAAUGGAGGCGAAGUUUAGAAGACCAUCGAAUCUCCAUCGGCCCUUUAGCGACGGGGAACGAUUCUGAGCGUUUUAAGUAUAAGAGAUCAGUUUCUACUCCAGAAGAAGAUAACGUCUUUGAAACCAGUGGGGACAAAAAUGGCGUCGAUCUUGUGCCGCAAUCUGAAGGUUUAUCCCCCGCGCUCUGCGGUAGCAGCAUGAACGUCAGUAUGGCACAUACCUCCGCGCCACAUCGACAGGCGAAACCAGGUGGCGACUUGAAAGAGCUCUCCCUCAAAAAGAACACGUUAAUCAUGAGAAUGGUGACGUUUAUGUUCAUACUGAGUUACCUUCCUUACUUGAUCCUCGUAAUGCUGAGGUACGUGGACGGAGACAUUCCGAAAAAAUUGCCGACGAACUUGAAGAUCUUGUACCACGUGUUCCUGAAGAGCUAUUUCCUGAACAGCGUAUCGCGCCCGUUCAUUUACAUCGCCAUGAACGAGCAGUACAGAUCGAAGUUACUCAAGCUGAUAUGCCGGUGGCGAUGAUGUUCAUAAAAACAAUUCUGAGAAACAAUUGCACAGUUCGGGAGUAGAAAACAUAUUUGUUUCUUAAAAGGCAUCGUUUAACACCCUGAAACAUAUGUUUUGCAGAAUCUGUCAUAUAUGAUACUCUUAAAUUGCAUUACAUUUUAAUUUAAUAUUUAUAAUUCAUAUUUGUGUAAAAAAAAUAUUGGUAUAUGUAUAGCGGAACAUACAUUGCAUCCAAAAAUAACUUUUUCCGCCAAAUGGUUUUACUUUUCUCAAUUAUUUUCUGUUCGAAACCUUAAAAUAAAAAAAUAAAUAAAACACGGUGAACAUCA